UCAUAUCUGUAACAUCGCAACAUCGGUAAAGGAGGUCGACUCAAUACUGUCAAAUAAAAUACUCCCUUCAACUCGGAUAGUGCAAAUUAUGGCGCAAAUUUCGACCGGUGGAGCAACCUUAUCGUUGCAACUCGAGGAAGUUGGUCGUCAGAAGGAGGGCGUGGCGGCGGAGGAGUCGGACGACUCUAUGCAGGAUGAAUAUUCGGAGGCGUGGUACGACUUGGGCGCACCCAUCCAACUCCCACUGCUGAAAUAUCUCAUCAGCACCAUUCAGUACGUUGUGGACAACUUUUUUCUCAUUAAAAACACGUACAAUGCACUAACUUACACGGGAUCAGAAGACAUGACUCAUCCGAAAAUUAUAGCUGCUGCAAUUUUGGGACUUCAUCUGAUCUCUGCUUUCUUAAUAUCAAUUAUUGAUUCCUUAAAUAAAGAUGCAAUUUCCGGAAGUCGAGGCAAGUAUCUGAAUAAAAAGCACAAAUCUCUAAUAUUAUUCAGGCUGCUGGCACAUCUCACGCUAACCAUGAAAUUAUUUAGAUAUACAACUGCGUUUUUAGAGAAUAGGCGAAGGAAUCAACAACUUCACAUCCUUCGAAUGAGGAGGGUCAAUAUUUCCAGAAAAGAAAUACAGUUUGUAGUUGAUCAAAAGAAAAAUCAGCUAGUUGAAAGCCACUACGAUUUGGUUGAGUCAUUUUUUAAAACGGUCCCGGCUGCAUUGCUCCAAGUAUUUUUUAUGUUCGAAACAAAUCGGAAUGCUAAACUGAGGCUGUACUCGACUGUCGACCAGGAUAGAUUCGCCACCGUUUUUUUCACAAUAAUCACGGCGUCUAUAUCCGCUGCUAAUUAUCAAGUGGACUAUUUGACUUACAAGAAGGUGCUACACUUUCAAGAUUGCUUCCGAUCUGGAUUUCGUCAUCAGAUUAAUCUCAAAAUACCAGGCGACAUUUUCCUAAUUGCAAACAUUCCCGUUCAAAUUUUAACAAUUGGAAUCCGGAUGUGUUUUUAUUCUAUAUUAAUAUUCUGGAGCCCUGUGCAGUUUUUUAUUACAAUGUCCGUAAUAUUACUAGUGAAUUGGCUGGUGACAUUUUAUAUUAAUCAAACGGCGUGGAGAUUUCGACCUGUUUUAGAAAAUCCAUUAUACGGAAUACCCUGGCUCUGUUUUGACAUAAUUGACCUUUGGAUUAAUUUAUUCAUUCCUGGAGUUCACUACCCAAAACCAGUGGAUCAUUUUUUAAACUUUUACACGACUCUGAUCACCGGUAUUGUAAUUUUCAGGGGAUUUGAUUUUCUAACGCCAGCAACAACAUCAACUGCACCUCAGUUUUUUCCAAUCUCCGACAGCACUAACAGUUCUUCCAAUAUUUCCACAAUAAUUCCGCAAUCAUUUAUUUAUGCGUCCAAAACUGGUGAAAAUAAUUCAACAGAAGAAGCAGAACAUGACUCUGUAUAUUUUAUUGGAACAUUAAUCCAGAGGUUGGUCACGAUUCACGAGUAUCUUACGUUCAACCAAAUUUCUUACGCUGGCUUUUUCUACAACGUUGUAAAAUACAUGAACAUUAUCAAUUUAAUAUCCUUCGGUUACACGUGUCUCAUGAAUUAUCUGCACCUUUACGAUCUGGAUUUCCCGAUCCAAAUAGUGAACAACUUUUACUUGUCAAUGUUUAAUUCUCUCAAUAAAUCCAGGCUCUCUAAUCCAGACUGUUCUUCCCACCUCCUUUAUUCUGUCAAGGAUGAAACAUUUAUAAUAUUCUCGAUGCUUCCAAAUUCAAGAUUUUUUCGAAACUUACAAUCCAUCAAGAAACGUCGUUGGGACUCUUUCGACCAAAACGAAUUAGACAAGUUGGUCGACCAACUGGAAGAGGAAGGAAACACGACAAGACAAUCCUCUUGCUUGGUUUGGCUCGACAAGUUUUUAAAGUCAAUUUCUCCAGUGUUGUAUCCAGCAAGAUUUAGAGAAGCGAAAUUUAAUUGGGAUAUUCCAACAGACAAAUUCUCAAUCAUACGGUCGUUACAAAGUCAUCCAUUGCGUGAGCAGAUAAUAAUGUUCAUUAAUGAUUUUUACGAACAUGCGAAAGAAGAUCGUAAACUAUUGUUGGCAGUGUUUUGUGCUAAUUAUAAUGAAAUAGUGAGACAUUAUACGUCACUGCGACUUAAAAAGACGUUUCAAUUUUUUGACAUUCCGAUUGAAAAGGGUAAAGUGUACUGCAGACCUCGUACCCCUGACGGACAAAAAAUUAAGUAUGACUAUGAGCUUGGCCAUUUAGACCGCAUUAUUAGAGAAAUACGAGGUAAAGUGAAAGAUUUCCCUAGUAUGUACAUACGUAAAUAAAUACAUAUGUAUAUAGUGUACAAUUGUGCAUUCGUUUAUAUUUUAUACACAUUUACAAGUAAAACUUAUAAACGCGAAAAUUAAUUAUUUAUUGUUUCAUUUGAAGGUA